AUGUGGAGACUGACAAGGAGAGUUAGUGCUAAUAUUCGUAUUUCCAAUCGGCUUCUGUCUGUGUCCAGCAAUUCAAUUGUAACACCUUUUGCUUUUCGUCUUUACUGCUCCAGUCCAGAAGACAAGUAUAGGGAGAGGCUAUUAGAGGAAGCUGAGAAACUAGGUUUCAAUAGCAUAAAAGAGUUGAAGGAUUCCUUGGAAAAGGAUAUAGAAUCUAAGAAGCGCGAAUUCAAUAAGGUCGACCCCUUGAUCGAACUGGAAGACUAUCAGCAAAGAAACCAAAUGGCGAAUAAUAAUUCGAAGAAUAUGAUGACAAAACCAAGAAGUCCUCUUGAACCGAAUUCCCCUAAGGUUCCAUUUAAGACUCUAAACUCCUUUCUCGACGUAGCAAAGCUUAAUGACCUGUCCAAGCAGGAAGUUGAGUUUCUUUGGAGGGCAAGGUGGGCGCAGAAUGAUCAUGCAUUAUGUGCUGUAGUCCCUGUCGCCAUCUAUGAUAAGAUAAUGGCAAAUGCCAGGAACAACCCCAUCUUCGUUCUUCCGCUGCCUAGGCAAGCUCAAUCUGAAGACGCAAAGCCAAGUGAACACCAGGGAAUGGAACUACACUAUAUCCAGUGGCAGUUUGUUGGACCCCAGACAACACAUUGUAUGAUGACAUCUUUGGCGGAGUACAAAUUACAUCAGGAAUUUGCAAGACCCCAUACAACUUUCCAGUUUCAUUCUGACUUGGUCAAGGACAAGAGAAUUGUUUGCAUGAAUGGCCAAGUUGAACCGGAUACGAACAUCAGUGUACAGGAUGCACAGUUGCUGCUGCUGAACGUUCAAAGGUUUUACGGUGCUAUGGGAGAAGAAACUCCUGCUGCCAAACAGAGAGUUCAGUUGUUACGGGAUUUUUCCAAAGGCUCUCCUCAGUUCUCUGUCGAGAAAUUGAUCUCGCUAUCCCAGUCCAUGGAAAACUAA